CGGCACGGCAAGCGCGCGGUAUACACCUACGAUCCACCUUUUAUCGCCACCGUUUCCUCUGCCUAGGCCCGCCGCGAGAGUCCUAGCAGAGCUUACGACAGAUAGGAGGGAGAGACAUACCUGUUGUUCAGCCAACGGUGUAACGAGAACGCGGCGGAGGGACCCGGCGAACACGCAUCAUCGUGUCUACGCAGCUGCUCCACGAGCUGCUUCGUUAUAUAGUUCUCUUUGCCGCGCGGGUCUCGAGAGAACUGUCUACCGCGCAUCUAUCGGUUCAUUCGUCGGAUCAUUUUUAAACGUCGGAUCAUGAGGAUCACAAUUCUGAUUCUACUGGUUUUCACAGUUCUGGCAACGGUUUCGUCCCAGGACUACAGUCAAUUGUUCGCAGGAUUCGGACCUUAUAUUAGGCAAGCGGUAGCAAUGCGAGAUCCACGAUCGAAUAGAGGACCGGUACUGUUUCCUCCUGGCCCUCCGCCAAAUAACGAGGACUCCAGCGGAGUGAUAGUAGGCGCGAGCGGAUACGGAUUCGUGCCGCCCAACCAAGCUUUCUAUAGGUUCUUUUACUAUUAACCGUGAACGAAGGAUUAUUGCGGGAUAUUGAGAAGGUUGCCGCGUCAUCUGAUGGGGAAGCUGUGCCACGGUAGAGAGUUCUCGAGAAUAUGAGGAGAACCCGAGGAGAGGAACUAUCUAGGAACCACGAAACUCUGCAUCCGUCCUUGUAUUAUAUCUCCACAGCGGGCUGGAUAUGUUUCAACACCAUCCCACGAGCAUCCAUAUGUAUCUGUAUAAAGAAUCAUUAUAUCGAAUCAAUACAUUGUUAAUUGUUUUCUACGA